UCUCCGCCUCUCCUGCGUCAUCUCAUCUCUGUAUACUUUUCUCCGGGAACCAAAACCGAAUUUCCCGGCGGAAUAUAAAAAUAAGGGGAAAAAAGGGGAUAAAGAGUGAAAGAGAAGGUCGAAAGUAGGAAGAUGGGAGGAUGGAGUGCGCAUUGUUUGUCGAUUCCACACAGUUUGAUUUUGGGCCAUUACUCCAAGUCAUUGUCCAAAGCAGCAGCGCAUCCUCAUUACUUUUGUUUCCAUUACUGUCUCCCAAUCAAAUCUAGAAAAGAUCCGUGUGCUAUUUCCAUCCGUUUCUGUGCUUCUACAUCCGAAUCCCAUAACGUCGAUGAAAUCCGGCAGGCCGAGCCCGAGACUGACGAUUUCGUGGUGGUCAAUUUUUAUCGCUUUGUCUUUAUCAAAGAACCUCAACACGAAGUUUCUAAGCAUCUUACCUUCUUAAAGGGUUUGGACAUACAUGGGCGAAUCUAUAUAAAUGAACAAGGGAUUAAUGCACAGUAUAGUGGGCCCUCAAAACAUGCUUUUGCAUAUGUUGAAUGGUUAAAAGAAGAUCAAAAGUUUUCUGAUAUACUGGUUCAGACAUCUCCAAGCGACGGGCAUGCCUUUCCCAAGUUGAAGCUGCGAUAUAAGCCUUCACUUGUACAAUUGGAGGGAGGAAUUUCUCACCUCCCUUUGCUUGACCCAUCAAUGCGAGCUACAGCUAUAGCACCAUCAGAAUGGAGAAAAAGACUGGAAGCAGCGAAUAACAAUGACACAACAUCAAAUACGAAUUCUAGUUCAAACUAUAUUUUGCUGGACGUGAGAAACGGUUAUGAAUGGGAUAUUGGCCAUUUUCAUGGUGCUCAUCGACCAGAUGUGGACUGCUUUCGCAGCACUUCAUUUGGAACAUCUCCAACUCAGGCUAGUAUCUCUUCUCUGGUAUUGCAGGGUGUUGCUUCUGAUCAGCUAUCACAAGUUGAUAAAGAAAAAACUGAUAUUUUGAUGUAUUGCACAGGAGGUAUUCGUUGUGAUGUAUAUUCUACAAUCUUAAGACAACAGGGUUUCCAAAAUUUGUACACCUUGAAGGGAGGAGUAUCUCAUUACCUCAAAACUGAAGGUCCUGUAAAAUGGAUUGGGAACUUAUUCACAUUUGAUUCUCGUCUUUCUCUCCCGCCAUCUGCCUAUAACCGUGAAACAAUGAUUGAAUCCGGUUUGACCCGGCAAGCAUUCAAUAGUGAGAAAUUUGCUAAAUGCUAUGUUUGUGAUUCCAAAGCUUCUGAGUUAAGGCAUCGGAAUUGUGCCAACCUUGACUGCAACCUUCUUUUCUUAUGUUGUGCAAAUUGUGUGAUGGAUUUGAGAGGAUGUUGUUGUCACAGUUGCACGAUUGCACCUCGGCGCAGACCUGUUUUACCGGGGUUUCAGAGAUACAAAAAGUGGCAUGUUUAUCGAGAUCAAGAAAUCGAAGCCAGAGCUCAAUGAAGAGUUCAUGAUUGGGAUAAUCCAUUUGAGCAGUUAUUAUAUUGAUAAAACGGGCAUU